CGUUCCCUCCCCCUAUAGUCUCACACCUUCUCUGGAACGAACAAUGAGACCAUUUAUAAGCCUCAGUUCGAUGUGCAGUUAACAAACUCAACCUUCUAAAUUCUCUACCGCCUCUCAAUUUCUCUCUCAUUCGAUUUGGGUUUCCUCUACAAAGGGUUAUGUUCCUCCAUUUGUGCUUUCAGCGGUUCGAUUCUUUAAUUUCUGAUUGAGCAACCCUAAAUUCGUCGAACCGGUCAUUGUAAUUUCAUGGAGGAGGAGAAAUUUAGUGGCGGCGCCGGCGGUGGAGCUCGCACUGGGAAUGGUGGUUCUGGUGAUUUGUCCAGAGCUUCUUCUUCCUUUUUGAAAUCGGGGGACCGGCAAAUGUUCACUGUGGAGCUCCGACCGGGAGAGACCACCAUAGUUUCGUGGAAGAAGCUUGUCAAAGAUUCCAACAGGAUUAAUGGAGUAAACACUCUGCCUGUACCUCCAGCCAACCCCAUCCCUGCCGUCGAGUGUCGCAUUGAUCCGGGACAAUCAAUUGAAGAUGAAGUGAAAGAUGCAACAGCACCAAAUCGUUUCAAUGCUGUUAUUGAGAAGAUUGAACGCCUAUAUAUGGGUAAGGAUAGUAGCGACGAGGAAGAUUUAAUUCCGGAUGAUGAUCAGUAUGAUACAGAGGACUCAUUCAUCGAUGAUACCGAGUUGGAUGAAUAUUUUGAAGUUGAUAAUUCGGCAAUAAAACAUGAUGGAUUUUUUGUUAAUAGGGGGAAGUUGGAGCGCAUAAGUGAACCAGCUGGACAACCUAAUCAACAAUUGAAGAAAAGGCGCAGAAAAGAUAUAGAGAAAGGACAUCCUGAUAACCAUGAUGCUCGCUCAUCAAAUAAGCACACAAAAGUGGGAAAGACAACUGCGGGAAAGAGUGCACUGAUGGUUGCAAAGAGUUUUUCCAAUCUGUCUCAAAACAUGGUGGUCACCCAUGAACAUCAUGAUGAUGAAAAAUUGCAGAAUCAAUUGAAUAUGCCUGGUCAUAGUGGCAAAAAAAAAUCUGGUGAUGCGAAAAUGAUAUUGGACCCUUCUCCAUCUUCAAAAGUUUACAAUGGUGAUACCUCUACAUCUGUAGCAGAAGCAAAGGACACUGAUCCACUAAGGCCUGGUGUUUUACCAUCCAAGAACGUUGCUAGCAAAUUGAAAGAGUCAUGUGGGCCAUCUGAUUCCUUACAACAGAAUGUGCUUGAAAAAAGUGCUCUUGCACCAUCCAAACCCCAACCUGGGAAACCGUUGAAUAACACGGAUGAGAUAGAUUUGUCAAUUCAAUUGAAAGAGAAACAAAGCAUUCGUGAAUUGCCAGACAUCAAUUUGCCAGAGGGAAAGUAUUCCACACAAACAGCAAAAACACCGUAUGUGCACAAAAAGGACGGUUCUAGUGUUAGACCAAAAAGCUCCCUGCUAGAAAAGGCUAUAAGAGAGUUAGAGAAGAUGGUUGCAGAAUCUAGGCCACCACUUACGGAGAAUCCAGAGGCAGACAAUGCAUCUCAGGCUAUCAAAAGGAGAUUGCCAAGAGAAAUCAAACUCAAGCUUGCUAAAGUUGCUAGAUUAGCGGCAAACCAUGGGAAAUUGUCAAAGGGGUUGAUUAACCGACUUAUGAGUAUUCUUGGUCACUUGAUACAACUGCGAACUCUAAAGAGAAAUUUAAAAAUCAUGAUCAAUAUGGGUAUCUCAGUGAAGCAGGAGAAGGAUGGUAGGUUUCAACAGAUAAAGAAAGAAGUUGUCGAGAUGAUUAAAAUCCGGCCUUUGUCUAUGGAGACCAAGGCAAUCGAACAACAAACGGGAGCACUUCACGAUAUCCGUGAACUUGUUUCUGAAGAAAAAGGAGUUCCGAGAAAGAAAUUUGCUAUGGAUCCUGCAUUGGAGGACAAGAUUUGUGAUCUCUACGAUCUGUUUGUUGAUGGACUGGAUGAGGAUGCUGGUCCACAAAUUAGAAAGUUGUAUGCCGAGCUUGCAGAAUUAUGGCCAAAUGGGUUCAUGGAUAAUCAUGGGAUCAAACGUGCAAUAUGUAGAGCAAAAGAAAGGCGGAGAGCGUUGCAUGGUAAACACAAGGAUCAGGAGAAAGUCAAUAAGAGAAAGAUAUUACCACCUAGAGUAGACGAGACUGUUAGAACCGAUGUCAGUUCAGUUGCUCGAGAGCGAUUGGCCCCUGAAUCCGUUUUACAGCCAGCCCUAGCAACCAAGCCUGUAUCUGUUUCAUCAGCUACAAUGCCCCAGCUACCAAGUGCUUCCAUUAGUGUUGGAAAUUUAGAAAGGCUAAAAUCCGAUAAGUUGAAGGGAAGCUCAAGCAGUUCCCAUGAAGAUGCGAGAAUGGUGGACGGUGCUUUAACCAAGAAAAAGGCGAAGAGGAGGGCAGAGCUGGAGUUGGAUGAAACUCACAAUUGCCCCGAGAAGGCGCCCGUCCAACACGGAGACGAAAAACACAAGUCCAUCAACAAGCCAACUGCCAGUCUUCCUCCCAAGGCAAACAUUCAAUCAGCUGCUCCUCCAAGUCUGGAACAGUCGAGCUAACUUGAUAUUACUUCCCAUGAGUCUAAUCUACACCAUAAUAAUGUUCUAUCAUACAUCACCAUUCUCAUUCCAUCCCUCAAAAUUUUCUUCCCCUCUCCCUCCUCCUCUCUUACGCUCGGGUUUCAUUUAUCGACCCGCAAAAAGCCAACGAAAAAAGAAGCCAUUUUUGUAAUUACAUGUUCGUGCAUUGGGUUUUCUGGAUUAGAAGAAAUGUAUCUUAAAUUAGGGAGAGCUGAAGUAGCAAUUUUAUUUGGCAAGUAGUCAAUUUGAUGAAGGCCCUCUUUUCCCCUCUCUUAAGCUUCAAA